CUAAUCAUUUCUAGAUUUCUUGAUUAUUAAGUUUUCAUCCUAUAUAUAUAUAUAUAAAUAUCAUGGCUUCUAAUCAAGACGCCAAAAUUUCUCUCCCUCCUGUCAGUAAUAUGGAGAGACAAAUGAGCCUAGAGCCAGAAGAAAAGGAAUUCGACUACUCAAAACGAUCCCAAUGGCUCCGGGCUGCGGUUUUGGGGGCCAACGAUGGGCUAGUUUCGACAGCAUCAUUAAUGAUAGGUGUUGGAGCUGUAAAACAAGACAUCAAGGCCAUGAUUCUAACAGGGUUUGCUGGAUUAGUGGCCGGAGCAUGUUCCAUGGCCAUAGGUGAAUUUGUGUCGGUUUACUCUCAACUCGACAUAGAAAAGGCUCAAAUGAAGAGAGAAAAGGAAAGGGUAGUUGGUAUAGAAAGUUUAAAAGAUGAAGGAGAGAAAGAGGGUUUGCCUAGUCCAAUACAAGCAGCUGCUGCAUCAGCCCUAGCAUUUUCAGUGGGUGCAAUGGUGCCACUGUUGGCUGCCUACUUCAUAAGAGAGUACAGGGUUAGGAUGUGGGUGGUGGCCGCUGCUGUCAGCCUUGCUUUGGUGGUGUUUGGAUGGUUAGGGGCAGCGAUAGGGAGAGCACCGGCAGCCAGGUCCGCAAUAAGGGUUUUGAUUGGUGGUUGGUUGGCCAUGGCCAUAACAUUUGGUUUAACAAAGUUGAUCGGUUCUAGAGAGCUAUAAAUUAGAAAGAAUUAAGCUAAUUGUACUAAAAUAUUUUGACAGAAUCAAGCGUUGAGGUGCAUGUCACCUUAACGUCUGUCAAAAAGUUGUCAAAAAACUGUACAAUCAGCAAAAUUGAAUUAGAAAUAGCCAAGUAUGUAAAUGCUUAUUUGCAUUUGGAGACUUGUUAUAUGGCACCUAGCCAAAGGGAAGAAACUUUAAUGUCC